UUUCCGGUUGUAAUUAUCAUGGCGGAACACGAGAGUCCGAAGAAUUAUUUUAUCAGAAAACUUGAAAAAAAUGAUGGUUCUUGUUUGAAACUCAACCAGUGUUAUAUGGGAGACGUCGGUUGUGUAGUUUGGGAUGCAGCGAUCGUUCUAGCAAAGUAUUUAGAGACGAAACAAUUUAUUGAUUCAGCCAAAGAAAUGAAUGCAUGGGCAGGAAAGACGGUGGUGGAGUUAGGAGCUGGAACAGGAGCUGUUGGGCUGAUGGCUGCUACACUGGGGGCUCAUGUUUUUGUGAGCGAUUUGGAAGAACUGGUGACUCUUCUGAAUUUAAAUAUUCAAGAAAAUCUGGAUCUUGUCAACAAGGGCUCCAUAACCGCAAAGGUACUAAAAUGGGGUGAAGAUGUCUCUGACUUCAUGCCUCAUCCACAUUAUAUCCUCAUGGCAGACUGCAUCUAUUAUGAACAGUCUGUUGUUCCUUUGGUGGAAACACUGAAGCUGCUCGCUGGUCCAGAAACCUGUAUUAUUUGUUGUUAUGAACAAAGAACUGAAGGCAUAAACCCCAAAAUAGAGAAAAGAUUUUUUGAGUUGCUGAAACAGAGCUUUUCCAGUGAGGAAAUACCUUUAGACCAACAAGAUCCAGAUUUUAGCUGUCCAGAAAUCCACAUAUUGCAUAUCAGAAAAAAGCUUGAAUGAUUUUGUACUUGUGUUUUAUUGUAGUUCAUUAUGUCUGUGAGAAUAUAGUAAACUUUUACUGACAGUGA